GGUAUCUGUAUACAAACAUCAUGGCGCCAUUAUCAUACGUACACAAGCACGACAAGCACAAAGCAUAAAUUAUUUUCAUUGAUAAGAAUGAGAAAAGUGUUCAGCCGUAAGACAGUAAUUUAAGCUGGGCGGGUUCUGAGAAAAGUUCGACAGGGGUGAACAAUGGAAUUAUUCAAGGGCAUUUAAACCAGAAUCCAGAAAAAAAGCUUUACAAUAAGCAGAAGCAUCGUAAAAUGGAACUUCUGGAGCUUGGAACUCAAAGACUUGUCCACCUGGACCUGAAAGGUGCUCCGCCAAGGUUGUCCUACAUCAAGGAAUUGCUUCCACGGCUUAAAGAAUGGGGAGCAACUGGUCUUCUAAUAGAAUGGGAGGACACGUUUCCAUAUGAUGGAGAACACCUGCGUGUGGUAGGAUCGUUUGGACCUGACUCACCAGGGCUGUAUUCCAAGGAGGAAGUUACUGAAAUUUUGGGACUGGCUGAAGAACAUAGACUGGAGGUGAUUCCAUUGGUUCAAACCUUUGGACAUUUGGAGUUUGUUUUAAAACAUGACAAAUUUCGUGGACUUCGGGAAGUGGAAAAUUUCCCAGGUUCGAUUUGCCCCACAAAUAUCGAGAGUUUAACUUUGGUACAGGCAAUGCUGGAGCAAGUUAUCAAAAUGCACCCUAGUGCAAAAACGCUGCAUAUUGGUGCAGAUGAGGUUUGGCACUUGGGAGUUUGCAGCAUGUGCCAAGCAAAACUUGCUAGCUUAGGAGAAAGUGCUAAAGAGAGGCUUUUCCUGGACCAUGUAACUAAAGUCCUGAGAUGGCUGAAAGAAAAGUAUCCUCACUUGCAACUUUUGAUGUGGGACGAUAUGCUUCGCCACAUUGAUCCACUCUUGCUGAUAGAGUAUGAGCUGGGAAAAUUAGUCCAGCCAAUGGUGUGGCACUACCGAAGCUCUAAGACAUUCCAACUUUCGCGAGAUCUGUGGCCAAUGUACAUGAAGGUUUUUGACGGAAUUUGGGUUGCCACUGCAUAUAAAGGCGCAUCGGGUCCAAAUAUACAGCUGCCAAUAAUUUCAAUGCACCUUGAUUGUCAAGAGCGGUGGCUUCAGGAGUUGCAGAUUCAGCACGACAGAGGAACGCUACCGAAAAUUUUAGGAAUAGCGCUGACUGGAUGGUCAAGAUUUGAUCACUAUGCUGUGAUGUGCGAGUUGCUGCCAGCUGGAAUUCCCAGUCUUGCACUUUGCCUGGCGCAGUGGCAAGCAAGACUGUUUACUUACGAAAUGCACAGGAACGUGUCCAAAAAUCUCGGAUAUUCUGAAGGACAAUUAGUGCCAUUGAAUCCAUAUCCUCCACAGUUGAGCAAAAUCCCAGCGUCUGGGUUUCCUGGUUGGGAGGCCCGCCACGGGAUCGAGUGGUUUGUUCAUCUGCAAGCUAAAAUUAGAUCCGUGACUGAAGGAGAAACGGCUGUGUCGUGGCUGUCUUCCUAUCUCGCUAAACAGAACUUUACAAAUCCUGCUCACACAAUUCUUCUAACUUCGUCGAUUCCACUGCUUCUAGAUGAAAUAGCGGCUCUUGAAAAUUAUUUGAAACCAGCCCUAGCUAAAUUAUUUCCUGCCAUGUCGGUUGAUGAAUGGUUUGGUACUCAUUUGGAGCCUCAAAGAGAGCAAUUGAAGCAGCUUCUGCAGCUUGCUGAACAUCAGUGGGCUGUCGGUGGACGAACAAGAAAUUUGAAGAUUUUGCCGCCGUUUCAGUGAAGAAGGAAGGAGAGAAUGCAUAUUAAAAAGAUCAAACCACCAACUAUCAUAAAUUUGCUUGUCUUCUCAGUUGCUGCCAUUCCAGAUAGAUUCGAUUUUGUAAAUUUAUGGAAAAUAGAUCUGCAGGAGUGUACAUAGUUAAAGUCAUUAUAUAUGAACUCUUAACAUCUCAAAUAUAAAAUUUGUAUUGACUACAAAUUUGUUCAAUUCAGCGGAUCCUAUGCUGGCAGGAUUUAGAUUUUGUUUGAACAAAAAUAUUAAUUUAAUUUGUAUCAUAAUUACUGAAGCAAUUGUUUUAAGUGCAAAAUGUGUAUUAAAUUCCUAAUUUAAUUCAAAGCUUCUAUACAACCAACUUUAUUCAUUUUGACUGAUAAAAAAAAAGAAUGUUGCUUAUUUGUGUGUAAAAUAAAUAAAUCAUAAGAACAAAUAAGUUACAUAAAA